UGGAAAGUUCUAUCAGCGGCGGCUCCUAUAGGAGUCAGUAUAGAUGAGCCGGGAUAUACGGCGUCGUACGGGGGCCGGUAUUGUGUAGGAUCUUUAUUUUCGCGCCGGAGCUCAUGUCGUAUCUUAAUGUUAUUUUCACGGAUGGUGGAAACUUCUAGUUGCCGGGGAUUUUAUCUGGGAAGCCCCCCGGAGUGUCUCCCCUGUAGGGUGUAAUUAAGUUGGGGAGAAGUCUUAGGGUUUUGUGUUAUAUUAAGUCUAGAAGCUCCUCAUUUAUACCCAAAUAUUUUUUUUUUACUAAGUUCUACUUUUCUGGAAGUUCUACAUUAAAAGGCUCCAUUAAUGGCGGGUCCCGCUCAAACCUAAGGCGCUCCUUUAUUCACUGAAUUCCUUAAUUUGGUCACUUUUUCCUCCUCUGGGGGAUGAACGUUGUGGUCUUGCUCGCCCCCUUGACCUCCUAGUGGGCCAUCAAGGAUGAAGAAGAUCAGCUUCCGUAAAGUCCUGCUGGACGGAUUGUCGUCUUUGUCCCCGGUUGGCGGCGGCGGAGGACCUGGAGGAGCCGGGGGAGCCGGGGGUGGCUGCUCGCUUUAUCCGUCUGGGCCCUCGGGAGCCGCCGUGUCCCCCCGAGACACCGAAAUCCAGGAGAACCUAACCUCGGAACAUUUCCACAUCUGCAAGACCGUCCGGCAUGGCUUCCCUUUUCAGCCGACCGCGUUGGCCUUCGAUCCUGUUCAGAAAAUACUCGCCAUCGGCACGAAGACCGGAGCGGUGCGCAUAUUAGGCCGGCCGGGGGUCGAUUGCCACUGCCAGCAUGACAGCGGAGCGGCGGUCCAUCAUCUCCAGUUCCUAAUCAACGAGGGGGGAUUAGUUACUGCAUGCGCAGAUGGGACUCUUCAUCUAUGGAACCUGAGACAGAAAAGACCGGCUCUGCUGCACUCCCUGAAAUUCCACAAAGAACGAAUUACGUGCUGCCACCUGCCUUUCCAGAGUAAGUGGCUGUACGUCGGGACGGAGCGAGGGAAUACGCACGUCGUGAAUAUCGAGUCCUUUGUCCUCUCCGGAUACGUGGUUAUGUGGAACAAGGCGAUUGAGCUAUCUACAAAGGCUCACCCCGGCCCCGUCGUGCACCUGAGUGACACCCCUAGGGAUGAAGGGAAGCUUCUGAUAGGAUAUGAAACGGGAACGAUAGUCCUUUGGGAUUUAAGAUGUAAGCGGGCCGACAUGAGAUUUUAUUACGACGAGGCUAUUCACUCCAUCGGCUGGCACCACGAGGGGAGGCAGUUCAUGUGCAGUCACUCAGAUGGCAGUCUGACCGUGUGGAACGUAAAGAACCCCAGCCGGCCGUUCCAGGUCACUAUUCCCCAUGGGAAAAGUCAGAGAGACGGGAGGAAGCCGGAGCCGUGCAAACCCAUCCUAAAAGUAGAAUACAGAACGUGUAAAAACAGCGAACCCUUCGUUAUCUUCUCUGGCGGCCUGUCGUAUGAUAAAGCCUGCAGGAGGCCAAGUCUGACCAUCAUGCACGGCAAAGCCAUCACUGUGCUGGAGAUGGACCAUCCCAUCGUGGACUUCAUAACGCUCUGCGAAACCCCGUACCCCAACGAAUUCCAGGAACCGUACGCCGUGGCGGUGCUUCUGGAGAAGGACCUCAUCGUGGUCGACCUGACACAAAGCAACUUCCCCAUCUUUGAAAACCCGUAUUCUAUGGACAUCCACGAGUCGCCCGUCACUUGCACCGAGUAUUUCGCCGACUGCCCCCCGGAGCUGAUCCCGGUGCUUUAUUCUGUGGGAGCCAAGCACAAAAAGCAAGGCUACAGUAACAAGGAAUGGCCCCUAACAGGAGGAGCGUGGAACAUCGGGACGCAAACCUACCCCGAAAUUAUCGUGACCGGACACGCCGACGGCUCCAUCAAGUUCUGGGACGCAUCUGCCAGCACCCUCCAGAUGUUAUACAAACUAAAAACCUCCAAGGCUUUUGAGAAGGCGAAGGUCGGGGACGGGAGGCAGACGGCGGAGAUCGUGGAGGAGGAUCCCUUCGCCGUGCAGAUGAUGGCGUGGUGCCCGGAGAGCCGGGUGUUCUGCGUGGCCGGCGUCUCCGCUUAUGUCAUAGUCUAUAGAUUCAGCCGGCACGAGGCCGUCGCCGAGAUAGCGUCUUUAGAAGUUCGCCUGAAGUAUGAGGUCGAUGACAUCAUCACUCCGGACCCCGACGCCGUCCCGCCGUUCCCCGAACCCGGCUCUCAGCCUCUGACCCUGAAGAGCAGGAACCUUUCGGGGAGCGCCAACAUCGUGACGUGCGAGGGGCCCCUGAAAGACAGCAUACCCUGCUUAACUGUGAAGAGUCGCCCGGUGAGGAUGCCCCCAGGGUACCAAGCGGAGCUUGUCAUUCAGCUGGUGUGGGUGGACGGGGAGCCCCCUCAGCAGAUUACCAGCCUGGCCGUGAGCUCUGCCUAUGGGCUCGUGGCCUUCGGGAACUGUCACGGGCUGUCCGUGGUGGAUUACAUCCAGAAGAGCGUUUUGCUCAGCAUGGGAACGAUGGAUCUGUACGGCUCGAGUGACCCGUAUCAGCGGCAGCCGAGGUCUCCGCGCAAGAACAAGCAGCUGGCGUCAGACAACUUUUGCAUGCGUGGCCUGUCUAAUUUUUACCCCGAUUUAACGAAACGGAUCCGUACGUCGUAUCAGAGUCUCACGGAGCUCACAGACAGCCCGGUGUCUCUGGAACUGGAGCGCUGCAAGUCCCCCACCUCAGUUAAAGGAUCGAGAAAGUUAAGUCUGCCAACAGAUCUUAAGACUGAUCUUGAUCAUGUUAACGGACACUGCACGAGCCCCACGUCCCAGACCGGCGGCUCAGGGAAACGCAUCUCCAACACGGAGGGGUCCAAAGCCAACAGGAGGGGGCCGGGGAGACCACCGUUUAGGAAAGCACAGUCUGCGGCAUGCAUGGAGAUCUCGCUGCCGGUCACGUCAGAAGCAAUGAGCCACAUUUCCAGACGGGCAAUGCUUCAGCAAUUACACGGAGUCAGUACUUUCUCUAACGACGAGGGCCACUAUUCCAGCCCGUGGGCCGAGAAAGAGAGCAGGGAAAGCUCGUUCAGCCGCUCGCGCAGCUCCAGCGUGUCCAGCAUUGACAAGGAGUCCAAGGAGGCCAUCACCGCCCUGUACUUCAUGGAGUCGUUCGCCCGGAGGAACGAGCAGACGCCCGCGCCGUGUCUCUGGGUCGGCACCAGCCUGGGGAUGGUCCUGCUGGUAACGCUUAACAUGCCGCCGACCGACGAGCAGAGGCUGACCGAGCCGGUCAUGGCGUCUCCUAGUGGAACGAUGUUAAUCCUGAAGGGGGCGAUCCUCACCUUUUCCUGCCUGGACUGCACGGGGACUUUCAUGCGCCCCCCGUACGAGGUCUGGAGGGACCCCAACAGCUCGGAGGAUAACGACAAAACGCGGAAGAGGAAACUGGUGGCGUUCUCGCCUUCGUCCUCGCAGGAGAUGGGAGAUCACCAGUUCGCCGUCAUCUGCUCGGAGAAACAGGCCAAGGUGUUCUCGCUGCCGUCCCAGACGUGUCUCUACGUCCACAACAUCACGGAGACGUCGUUCCUGCUGCGGGCGGACGUGGUCACAAUGUGCAGCAAUGUCUUACUGGCGUGCUUCUGCGCCAACGGACAUAUCAUGACCAUAAGCCUCCCGAGCUUGCGGCCUCUGCUGGAUGUAAACUACCUGCCUCUGACGGAUAUGAGAAUCGCGCGGACGUUCUGCUUCACCAACGGCGGGCAAGCGCUCUACCUGACGUCGCCCACCGAGAUCCAGCGGAUAACGUACAGCCAGGAGAUGUGCGACAGUCUGCAGGAUGUGCUGGGAGAUCUCUUCUGUCCGGUGGAAACUCCGGAAGCACAGAAUAGAGGCUUCCUGAAAGGGCUGUUCGGGGGAAGCGGACAAACCUUCGACAGAGAAGAACUCUUUGGUGAAGCUGCCGCCGGCAAAGCGUCGAGGAGCCUCGCGCAGCAUAUCCCAGGACAGGGAGGACUCGAGGGGGUGAAAGGAGCAGCGACCGGGGUGACCGCGGAUCUCUACCGAGCCCGCGUCGCUCUGGAUGAGAGAGGUCAGCGGCUGGGAGAGCUGGAGGAGAGGACGGCGGGGAUGAUGUCCAGCGCCGAGGCUUUCUCUAAACAUGCGCACGAGCUGAUGCUGAAAUACAAGGAUAAGAAGUGGUACCAGUUUUAGGGUCCGGCACCCGUCGCGUUUUCUGCCAAUCAGGGACUUUGUGCUCUCGGCACACGUCUGAUCUCCAGCGUCAAACACGUCACGAGGGGUCCGCGAGAGACGAUACUCACCCCGGAAAACGAGGCCCGGCCUUCGCUCCCGAGAACCAUUUCUGAACACGCAGGACUGUCUGGCCGGGCCGCUCCGGGGGGCCGCGGCAACCUUUUCUUUUUUUUUUAGAGUGUUUUCUGAAUACAAACUGUUUAUGUACAAAACAGACCGUUUAUCGCACUUACAAAACCAACGGAAAUACGAAAAAUUCUUUGCAUGAUAAAUCGAAAUCCGAGCGGAGACGAGACGCAUGCU